AUGACAUUAAGGUUUCUUGCUUCUGGUGAUUCAAUGACUUCCAUGAGCUACCAAUAUCUCCUCGGACUAACCACAGUUAGCAAUAUUAUUUCAGAAACUUGUGAUGCAUUGUGGUCUGUUCUUUCUAAACAUGUUCUUCCAUAUCCUUUAACAAAAGAGAAAUGGUUAAAUAUUUCUAAAGAGUUCGAAGAGUGUCCUGAAAAUGCAGGAUCAUCAUAUUUUAAUUAUAAAAACAGUCACAGUUUUGUUUUGCUUGCUGUUUGUGAUGCAAACUAUAUUUUUACUUUUGUGGAUAUUGGAGCCUAUGGACGUCGCAGUGAUGGUGGAAUAUUUAGAGACUCCUUUCUUGGCCAAAAUUUCAGAACCAAUGAAAUGAAUGUACCUGAUCCAAAACCAUUUUAUUUCGAAGGAAACUCUAUGCCUUACGUGCUAGUUGGAGACGAAGCUUUUCCACUUACUGAGUAUUUAAUGAGGCCUUUCCCAGGAAAACAAGGUUUGAAUCAGGACAAAAUUAUUUACAAUUAUCGUCUUAGUCGAGCAAGGAGGACCAUUGAAAAUGCUUUUGGCAUUUUAUCAAGUCAAUGGAGAAUUUUAAGAAGACCAAUAAAUUGUUCAAUUGAAACAGCAAUGAAAAUAGUACAAGCUAUUGUGUGUCUUCAUAAUUAUAUUCGUAUACAAGAUAUUGGAGUCAAUGAAUAUAUCACUGAAAACAUGGUUGAUCGAGAUGGUUGCGAUGGUUUAAUAGAAGGUUCCUGGAGGAGAAAUAUAGACAUUAAUUCUGCUUUUCAAGAUAUAAGAAGGUGUAGUACAAAUAACAGUUCUCGGAAAGCUGCAAGAAUUCGGGAUGACUUUUGUGAAUACUUUAAUAGCGAGGGAGCAAUACCUUGGCAAUUUCAACACUGUUGAUAAACAAAGGAAUAAAUAUUUCAUUUUAUAACGUU